CAUUAGAACAUUCCAAGGUGUUUUAGAGAUUUAUUUAAGUUUUGAACGAAUAAGUUUAUGGUUUUUUUAUCAAAAAAAUUACGUCUAAAAGUAAAAGUAUUUUUAUAUUAAGAAUGACUUUAACAGACUAUUCUCAUCUAAAACAACAAAUAAUAUUAAGCGCAGGUCAAAGUGAUAAACAUAGUCAAAUAUUAGGUGUACUAAAAGAAUAUUAUAAAGAUGAAAUUGAUUCUCCAAGAAGAUUGGAGAAUAUAAAUACUAUAGGAGAAUUAAUGAGAGUAUUGGAAAUAAGAGACAUUUUAUCAGAAGAUAAUGUUAUGCCCCUUAAAGAAGUUGCUUCGAGACUUUUAAACAACAGGGAACUUUUACGCAAAAUAGAUAACUACGAAUCGACUCAUGUCCCGCGAGGAAACAUCAACCAAUAUGUGGUUGACCAACAUCAUAAUCAUAGUACAUCCAAAAAUGAGACUAUUGAGACAAUGAACAGUAAUCCGUUGGGUACAAUGAGUAAACGGAAAAAGGAAAGAAUAUUGGAAACAAUAACAGAAGAAAUAGGAAUUUUUUGGCGUGACCUAGCAAGAAAUCUCAAGAUUCGUGAAUGUGUUAUAGAUGAAAUUGAUUUAAACAACAAGAAUCUAUCAACAAAAGCGGCAAAACUUUUAGAAGCUUAUGAACACAAAGCUGAUCCUCAGAGAUGGUUUUUCGUAUUGUGUGAAGCAUUAGAAAAAGCUCGCAGAAAAGACAUAAGUAGAUCGUUACAAGAUAUAAUUUCAAUGAACAUAUAAUUUAAAUAACCAGUUGUUACUAGUGCAUACCAUUAAGCCACUUACUAUCAAGUGGGUUUGUGGUAAAGCACUAGUUUGAUUCAAUACAUAAAAAAAAUUAACUGUGAUUUACAAAAAAAAUAAACUGCAGAUUUAAUAAUUAUAAAUGUAUGUACAUUUAGGGUUAUAUAACCCUACAAAGAAUACUAAGCAUGUGUUCCGCCUAAUUCUUUGAAGCAAAAGUGACUUAAAACUGCACACUUUUAUUAAAUAAAGUUCAUUAUAUGCAGAUAAGCACAUCAUGAUUUUGAAGUAAAUGGAAAUUUUAAAGAAAAAACAUUCUGUGUGCCCAAAUGUAAAGUGUGGAUUUAAGUCUUACUUGACAAAUCACACCAACAUAUAGAUUUUUGCAAUCUUAUAUGAUAAAUUUAACAAACCAUGACAGUUUCAUUAUCUUCCUGGCCUUAGCCCACUCAUUUGGGAUUGGCACUCAAGGUUUUAAAACCAAUGUUGAGCUUCUUAAAAAAUAAACUAACAAUUUAUUAAAAAAAAACUAUAUUGGUUUAUAAAAAUGUAUUUAUGCAUUCUUCUAAUCUUAUGUGUGAAUUUUACUUUUCUUUUUACUUGCUAAUAAAAUUAUAUAAUAAUAUAGGACAUAUUGUU